GGAAAAUUACCAUGACCCAAUAUCUUACGAAGUUUGUAAACCACAUCCCCAUAAAAAACGGGUUUAGAAAUACCUUCUCGCAGAAGUGUCUUUAAAUUACUAUUGAAUUUUAAAACUAGAUCAGAAAUACGAUAGUAAAAUUUAGCAAAAUAUUUACGCAAUUUGUAAUAACGGUAGCCUUGCUGAAGAAGUUUACUUGUAAUAUAUUGAUUCCGUUCAUUGAAAUGCUUGACAUGACUACACGCUCUGGCAAACCGAAUUAAUUGAGAAAUAUAUACCCCAUAAGAUGUAGCCUGAGGUACACCACCAUCCAAAUGGGGAAAAUUUACAAUACUAAAAUUAAAAUCAUCCCUCUUGGCAUAAAUUUUGGUAUGUAUAAUAUUGUCAUAAAUAGAGAGAUAUAAAUCUAAAAAUGAAGCAUCAGUAUCCGAAUUGUUAGUUUUAAUUAACUGAACCUGCCUAGGAUAAAUAGUACCCACCAAAUGACCAAAGAACGGAUUAUCCAUAUUAAGAAUAUCAUCCAGAUAGCGUAAUGUAUUAUUGAAUGCAGUUAUAAUAUCUGCCUGCGUAUCUGGAGAAAGGCUCAACAUAAAGUCUCUUUCAUAACAAUACAAAAACAAAUCUGCGACAAGGGGUGCACAAUUUGUUCCCAUGGGAAUACCAACAACUUGUCUAAAAACUGCAUUCCCAAACCUGAUGUAAAUGUUGUUUAAUAAAAAGGAAAGGGCUUUAUAAACUUCGUCACAGGUCCACAUUGUAUAAUGUUUAAUAAUAUUGCUAGUAAAAAAUUGAAAGCGAGAAAUGUAGCAUUCUCUCUGGCAAAAGUCUUUUGAAUUAGGGCAGUUAAUUUGUCAUUUAUUAAGUUAUGUGGUAAAGUGGUAUACAAAGUAGAAAAAUCGUAUGUACUGACUGUAGACACCUUGUAAUUAUUAAUUUUAAACUUAUCCAGGAUUUCGCCAGAAUUUUUAAAACGGAUCUGUUUGAAUAAUAUACUGGUCCGCUUCCUUGUCUAGCUUUUUAAAGGACUGAACAGAUAAAGAUGUGAGACGAGAAAGCAUUGAACGUCUACCAGAGUUUGAAAGAAUUAAAUCGAGGUCUGCAACAGAUAUAUUGACUUUAUAUUUGCGCUUAAUGUUACUAUUGCGUCUAAUUCCGUGAGACCUAGAUUUACGUUUCCAAAUAUCUAAAAUAGAAAAUCGGUAUCAAGGUUUUUAGAGAUAUUUCCUUCUAGAUUCAUUUAUUUCAAAAUUCUAUAAAGAAUAAAGGAAUGAUGAUUGUUUUGUUUUGUAGAGAAAUAUUUUUUCACAUUUCACGCGUCGGGAAACAAUAUGACAAAUCGAGAGUACUUUCUUGCAUCUUGCGUUUUGGGAAUAGCAACACAUGUUUCCCUUUUAUAGAUUAAUUGCUAGACAAGUAUUAGAUAGUCUGCUACAGAUAAGCUUUAUACCUAACAGUUCUUCUUUUACAGAAACACAUUCAUUUAAAUAUCAGGAGGUAUUUUUCGUUAAUAAGAUAUGGGCGACACGAUACCUGCAGAAAAGAGAAAAGCUUUGAAAGAUGACGUUGAUCGUGGUUUUGCUUGGGUUGUAUUAAUAGGAUGUUUUGUAAUGUACAUGUUCGUGGUUGGAAGUAUCAAGGCCUAUGGGAUGCUUUAUACGGAGGUGGUCGAGUAUUAUUCUUCCGGAUCUGGUAAUACAGCUUGGAUUGGCAGUAUAGUCAUAAUACUUGAAUUAGGUCUAGGACCAGUAGCCAACUUUCUUUGCAAAAUCUAUACAUUUCGACGUGUAACUACAAUAGGAGGUAUUCUGAUAGGGUUUGGAUAUUUUUUGUCGGGGUUUGUCACAAGGAUGGAACACAUGUACUUAACAUUCCUAAGCGUUGGACUUGGAUGUGGUUUAACGUUUGCACCUUGCUCUACAAUUAUAACUUAUUAUUUCAAUAAACGUCGAGCACUUGCUAUUGGUAUUACGGUGUCUGGUAGUGGUGUUGGGGCGAUAUAUCUUCCAUUCCUAUAUAAGUAUCUCAUUGAGAAGUAUGGUCUGAAAGGGACGUUCUGGAUCAUCGGCGCAAUCUUUGCUAACAUUUGUGUUGCGGCUUGUAUAUUUCGACAGCCAAUAUACUUAGUAGAGGAACAGAAAAAAAGAGUUCUUGCGAACAAUAAUUCUAACAGUGAAUAUGAUGUUGAUGGUGGCCAAUCAUCCCUUGGGGAAAAUGGUGAAAAUAUUGCUCAAGGGAUUAAUAAAAGUCGUUGCGAUGCAUUAGGUCUGAGAUGUUCUCUUUUUAAAAAUGUGUUAUUUACUCUCUAUGUUACAUCAUUCAUGUGUUGUGGAUUUGGAUAUGGUGGAAGUCUCGUUACAAUUCCAGGAAAUGUAAAGGCACUUGGUUAUGAUAAAACAUAUGUUGCACUCAGUGUAACAAUAUCGGGUGGUGCGGAAGUUUUGGCUAGAAUUUUGAUCGGAUUAUUUGCAGAUAUGAACAUUAUUAAGCCUAAAUACAUAUAUGCAGUUAAUAUGUUUAUCGGAGGAGCAUUUUCUCUAAUAGUUCCAUUUUUCGAAAGUUUUACUUUCAUUGCUGUUUAUGCAGUUAUUGUAGCUACGUUUUCAGGAUCAUUCUUCAGCUUGAUGCCACUGAUUAUGGUAGAUGCUGUGGGUUUAGAGAACUUUGUGUCUGCAUUUGGACUACUGACAUUGUCCUUGGCUGUUGCCGUUUUACCAAGUCAGCCUUCAGUUGGUUGGUUGUACGACUUGUACGGAAACUGGAAUCCAUCAUUAAUUCUGACUGGUUGUAUGUAUAUUUUGGCCGGAAUCAUUGUACUUCUGGAACCUAUCGUAGUCCGAUGCUGCUCCAGAAGGGACAACGAAGAAUCUAAUUCACCUGACAACCAAAGACAAAUCCAUAAUCAAUGCACACCAGCAGAAGAUGUGUGUAAUGAUAACGUCGGAUUCUCUGAUACUAGUUUCGCUUCUUGAAUUUUCCGUGCAUAAUAUUGACUUGUAUCAUGUAACUUGUCCAUUAUCAAGAUUUUUAUUGACAAUGAAAUCAUGACUAUUUCUUAGAUUCUGUCACAUCAACGUGUUUUAAAUGAGGGAAUUACUGAACAGUUUUGAUGUUUACAUCUGUAUCUGAAAUAGUUAAUGAUUUGCCUUUGUUUGUUUUGGGUUUAACGCCGCACCAACAAAAUUAUAUGUAAUAUGGCGACUUUUCAGCUUUUGGUGGUAGAAGAAGACCCCUAGGAACCCCUCCGUGCAAUAUUUCAUCAUGGGCGGACCCCGGGGUAGAACCAACGACCUUCUGUAAACUAGGUGGAUGGCUUCCUCACAUGAAGUGAGGAUUGAAUAAUGUUUUUAAAUAAUUACUUGUAGCUAGGAGUAACCACCUGAACUUUUGCUGCAUAUUUUACGUUACUACUUCCUGGAGGAAACCAUACUCAGAUUUUUGAAAACAAUAAUCUUUUUCAACAUUAUGUUUUUUGAUAAAAAUUGAGGGUGUUAUACACCUGUCACUGUAUAAACAACGUUAUAAAAUUAAUAAAGGCACAGAUAUUAAAGUCCUGAUCAAAACUAUAUAAUAAAGCCUUGUGCAAAUGGACAAGCAAACAUAAGUCUUAAACAGAAAAUAAUUUAUAAGUAUGCUCUUCGAAAUAUGUUUGCCAUUGUAAUAUUUAUUUCUAAUGUUUCCUUCCUUUGUAAAUAGACCAAUGUUAUAGAU